CCUCCCUCCCUCGUGCAUGACGCCGCUGCUGUCCCACGCCACAGCUCCCUAUGCCGCAAUACCGACAUCAACGCUCCAUCGUGUCUUGACCCAAUGGAGCGGGUCAGCUCCGGAUCGCGAGCUCUGUUCCCCAAGGGGCCCAGCUUCACCAUCGAAGACUUCUCUAAUAAGGACUUCAUCGUGCGCGACUUCGUCGACAGCCUCGCCGAGAAUGCUAUAUCCCUUAACCGUCGCUCCGGGCCCACCCAACAAGCCUUCGAUCCCAAACCUCUAAUCCGCACCUUCGAAAAUGCGCUGCAAGGCCUCGGUAACCUGUCCGAGGAACUUCAAGCUAAGGAGUCAGACCUGCUUUCGCAAGUCCGCCGAGCCGAAGCCCAGCAUGACCAGACCCUCGAUACCCUUGGCCGCAAGCUGGACCAGUCCAUCAACCAAUUCGAGGCUCUAGACCUUACCCUGAACAACCCCAACGGGAACGACCGAGGUAGCCGUGAAGCAGGAGGCAAUAUCGCUGUGCAGAUUGGAGAGAAGUUGGAAGAGCUGGAUAGGAAACGCAGGCGGGCCCUGGAUGCCAAUUUUCUCAUACAGUGCUGGCUCCAAGUCAGCGAAACCGGCGAGCUCACCUCGUUGCAAGAUAUCCGACGCCAAGGCGGAUCGGAGAACAAAGUGAAAUGCGCCAUAAUCGCCCACCAGCUGAUGCGCAUCAGCCAGAGGCUAGAUCCCAUCUCUUGGGGGCAGACAAAUGGCUUCCACCGCAACAGUGUCGCGAACGGCGACAGCGACAUCGGCAGGAGACACAACACGCGCGAAAUACUAGAAAAGUUUUGCGAGACGCUGGAACAAGACCUGCUGAAGCAGUUUAACAACAGCUACCGGAAACAAAACUUUGAAGACAUGAGGGAGUGCGCCAAGGUCCUACACGACUUCAACGGAGGCGCCAGCGUGAUCGCUGUCUUUGUGAACCAGCAUCAAUUCUUCAUCGAUAGGGACCAGCUUAUCACUGACGAGGUGACGACAGACGGAGAGACCUGGGAUCAGCUAGCCGACCCGGACUCAGACCCGCCCGGCGUCGAACCGAGUCUCCAAUCUCUCAUCGACGAGGUCAAAAUUGUCAUGCAGGAGGAGUCCUUCAUCAUCAAGAGGGCCUUUCCAUAUUACGAGACUGUCCUGAUCAAGUUUAUACAGAGAGUGUUCCAGCAGUCGAUACAGCAACGGUUAGAGAUGGUCCUCGAGAAGGCCAACACCAUAUCGUCACUGGCCUUUCUCCGGUCCCUACAUUCGUCGAGAAGCUACAUUGGUGCUCUCGUAGAGGAUCUCAAGUCCCAUGGGCUUACGGAACAUCCAGAACCCUGCUCUCCCCAAAUAUCUCAGACAUUAGACCAGCAGAUGGAAGAAUUGUUCGUCCCGUAUAUGAUGAGCAACUCUUACAUCGAUCGUGAGAAGAAGAGCCUAGAGGAAUUGUUUAAUUCGCUGCUCUUCAAGUAUAACAUGUAUCACUCUAGAAGGAAGAAGGCGCCUACUGGUUUCAUGGCAUCGCUAGCCCAGCAGACUAACCAGCUCAUGGCAUCCGCUAAGGACGCAUAUCUAGAGCGGCUGGAGUCGUCUGACCUCACACCGACUCAGAAAGCUAUGAUGCUGAGGGUCGCCCGCGUCCAGGAAACCGACAAGAACAAGAACGAGAUCGAAGUCUCUGAAGAAGACGGCGUCCUGAGCACCGCCAACGCCAAGCGGAUGAUGAAGUGGCUCGCCGAGAGCGUCAGGCGCACACUGGAACUAGGGAGCCAAAAUGAGACCCCCAAGGACGUCGCUAUCCUCCUAAAUCUCCUGAUGACGAAUAUGGGCCAGGUCUACGUGGAGACGGCGUUGGAAGCCGCGCUCGAGAAGGCGACGUCGCAAGAAAACGUGAAGACGGAACCGGACCUCAGCUACCUACCCUACCUACGGCCGGCGGUGACGAUUAUCAACAUCAUGUCCCGCUUCAUAAACAUCGUGCUGAUCCGUCUCGCCGAGUCCAACACGACGGUGCGGAGGAGCAUGGAGGCGCAGGCCAAGACCGGGAUCGAGAACAUCGAGAAGAAGGCGGGCAGCAUAAUGAAGAGCACGGUGGACGUGAUCAUCAACUGGGUGACCAAGUCGCUGGCGCAGCAGAAGAAGCUCGACUUCCUGCCCAAGGACGAGUUCGACAUGAUGGAGUCGCUGCAGACGCCGACGUGCACGUCGAUCUGCGUGUUCCUGUCGCGGUGCACGAAGCUGCUGGCGCAGGCGGUGGACGGGGCGAAUCUGGAGGUGUUCAGCAGCGAGCUGGCGCUGGCGAUCCAGCGGCUGCUCUUCGACCACUUCAAGAAGUUCAAGGUGAACGCGACGGGCGGGCUCAUGGUGACGAAGGACAUCGCUGGGUACGUGGGCGCGCUCAAGGAGUGGCCGCUGUCGCGCGACGUCGGCCUCGCCGUCGAGAUGCUCACCGAGAUCGGCUACCUCUUCAUCAUCGGGCCCGAGGCCCUCCGCGAGCGCUCCCGCAACCUCGCCGCCGGCGCCGCCGGCUCCACCAGGCGCCUCGUCAAGGCCGACUUCAAGGCCUUCGUCCAGAGCCGCGACGACGCCAAGACUGCCGGCGUCCAGAGCGUCCUCUCGGGCUUGUGAAAAAAAAAAAAUUUUUUUUGCCUUCUCCCCUUACCCCGGAA